CGGUCUGUUCUGGGUUCUAUGAAUGCGCGGUGAGGGAUAUGCUUUCGCCUAUGUGUGUGUAUGUGUAUUGCUCCGCUGCGAUGCUGUGUGGAACGAUAUGUUCGCAAUUUUUAUGCUGGCGCUUUUCCCUCGCUUCGUGAGGACACAGUGCGGUGGUGUUGAGUCAGCCUGCCGAGAAGAAGUAUAGAUUCAUGUGCUGGUUGGCAAUCAAAAACAGUUUAGCAGCAGAUUUCGAGGAAACAAGUGGCUUCUGAAGCAGGGUUCUCGUCCUCUUGGAACGUUCGGCGCGGUUGGUCAAAAUCACUUUGUGGACUUUGUGCGGAAAAACGUGUUUAGAAUAAAGCUGAAGAGUUCGUUUCGAGCUGAAGUGAGAGUUAAUGUGAUUUGCUGAUUUGCGGGAGGAUUUCCUCAAGUGGACAAUGACGAUGGACAUACGGCAGUCCCGAUUGAAUGUUAAAAUCAAUGGACAUUGUGUUAAUCCUUGCGAGAACGGUAUGAGUGGAAUAGAAAUGGCCCAAGCGAAGGUGGAUAAUUACAGAACUGGGAAGAGCUCGACCAAACGGUCCUUCGACGUGGCAUUUCUGAUGAUGCCGGAUGAAAAACUGAAAUCUAAACAAGUGAAAAAGGUUCAUUCUCCGACCAUUGACGUGGAAAGUGAUUCGACACAAUCAACCAGAUCGGAAGAUUUAUCGGUGAAAAAUGGUUUUAGCCCAAUCCGUCCAGCCGAGGAAAGGAAUUUUAACCUGGAGCUGUUGAGCAGACCAAGACCGCAAGGGGGAAGUCCACAGUUGAUGCAGGAAUUAAACAGUGAAAGACUGUCGUACAUGUUUCCACACGCAAGAUUCUACGAGAAUCCCAGUUUGAUGGCAAUCCGCGAGAAAGCUUCCGGAAAUUUUCUUAAUUCGGAGCUUCCUCGGAGCGCAUUUUCAAAAGUGACUAGUAUCACGGUUCCGGAUUCACCGAUUCCUCCGCUGAGUCCCGAUCAACAGAGCUGUCCUUCGUCCAGCCCACCAAUUUCCAUCAGCCCGGGAGCACCAACAAACUUCCGCUACGACUAUCCGUUCAUCAAUGGAAGUCCUCAAAAUCCCGCCGAUCUUAGUCCACAGCAGGCGUCCAAAUCGAAGCCUAUGAUGUAUCGGCCACCCAUUCAGGACCCCGAGCUUCCCCAGGGGUACUUCUCUUCGCCAUCGUUCAUGCCAUUUGCCGCCGGAGCUCCACAAAACCUCCUCCCAGAGGUUGACGGAAUCAUGCGGAAUCCGGCAGCGGCAGCAAUCCUUUCCACGCUGCUCCCGACGACGAUGGGUGCAUUUUCACUGUCAGCCCAGAAUACCUGCGCCAAGUGUAACAUAAGCUUCCGGAUGACGAGCGACCUGGUGUAUCACAUGCGAUCGCACCACAAGAACGAACACCAGCAGGAUCCCCAUCGGAGGAAACGCGAGGAGAAACUCAAGUGUCCGGUUUGCAACGAAAGUUUCCGCGAGCGCCACCACCUGACGAGGCACAUGACAGCGCACCAGGACAAGGCCGGCGAUUUGCUGGAUCCGAAGAAGCGAACGACCGAUCAACGGCAAGGUGGGCGUCCGUAAAGUAGGUGAAAACCAGUGUUAGGAUAUAGCGAUUAGCGUUUGCUAGAAAUUUUAGCUGAUGUGGAGCGCAAACUGUUUUAUUCGGUUCGAAAUUUUUGUACGAAAUACUUAUUAUUUGUUAUAUUGAAUGGGGGAAAAGAGAUGGUGAUUUGUUGUAAAUUAGACAAAUUUCAGUCAUACGCCGGAUGAUUAUAUAUGAUUGGCCUUCCAGUGGCAGAUGGAUUUCGAAAAGUAAAUUACAGAAUAUGAUGCAAAGUGUUCAUUAUUUAGUUGCUGAAAUAUUUUCCAUUUGUAUCAUCAUUUAAAGUAUUUCAUUCAAUAAUUAAUCUUUAGAAAAUGUUCAGGAAGCUGUUAGUAACCAAAACAUUGAGACAAAUAUUCUCUAAACGUCUAAAAUAUUGUUUUGCCUUCGUAAUUGAAUACGUCACUAUAUUGAUCUAUAUUGUUAACUUUUAAACCAAGCUUGAUGAUUGACAAGAUUAGUUUUGAAUUUACAUCAUUUUAUAAUGUUUAGUAAUUCGUGUUUUCCGGUAAAAUAUUUAUAAAAAUUACCAGAUUUUUCUAAAAUCCAUCAUAACAUAAAUUACUAAUUCAUCUUCAAUUUCAACACGUGAAUGAUAUUUUUGAUAACGUGUUUCGGAAUUUUAUUAUUAUUAACCUUAUGCCUUAAAAUAUAUGGUAACAAAAACUGGAGAUAGCGCGGUUUAAAUCAACCAUUCCGCAUUUUCGACUGCCUUGGUAUAUUGAUGCUACUCGAAACGAUUGUUAUAAUUACAAACUAACAAACAAUAACAUCGACACGAUUCACCAUCACAUUCCCCCGAAUAGGCAAUCCAUUAUAUUCGAACAAUUAUUGUCAGUCGAUAAUCCACAAACCAACCACAUCAGAUCACCCCGCAAACUGUAUAAAUUCGUAAAGCAAUCCCCAGCUCAAGAGACGGACUGCAUCACGCAAAUGAGAAUUUUGUUAACUCCCUUCCACUUGAGCGAAUAAACAGCCCACGGAACAUAAUCAGGAGAAAGCUCGCGCCCGCGACAAGUGAUUAAAAUCCGCACAUAUUGCCAGCUAACAGUGAUCCUAUUUCCUCCUCCCUUUGAACCAUGAUGCAUCCCGAACAGAAAAAAGAAACCAACCAUCUGCUCGUAUUUUCCUCCGGCUCAUUGGAAAGCCGAAGGAACAAGUGUUCCGGCUGGCCACUGCGGAUGGAAUAGGAUAACUUUUGUGUGACAACCCCUCCCGAAACAAACCCAUUUUCCUUCGUACAGGAUGAGACUCUAUGGUGCGUUUGUGAAGUGAUUGAAAAUUGGUUUCGACAAUAUGGUCAAGUUUUCGGUUGCUUUGAAUGAUAAGAUACAGUAAAAAAACAUGAAUCUAAGUCGUCAAAAUGUGUGCUCCUAAGGGAAACCGAUACAUAAUGUUAGCUGAUAAUUCCCGGUGCAAACUAAACCAAGAUUUGAACAAUGUUUGCAAUGUUGAUAUAGGGCUAAAUGCCCGUGUGAAAGAUUGCAUCGAAAAGAAAGUUAUAGAAUAUAAAUUUACCAUUAAUUUCAACCAUUUGUGAUAUUAAACAUACUUUAGAGAUAAUUUAUGAAU